GGUUCUUGUUCUCUCUCUCUCUCUCUCUCCACCGCACAGACAUUUACAUGCACCAAACAAUAGCAAAAUGAUAACCUUCGCCAUAAUUCGGUUCUGGCCCCCCACCAUGAUUAACCCUUACACGUAUACAAACACCAGGAAAUAAUACAAAAGAGCGACCCCAUUUCCCAUAUCCCAAGAAACAAUGGCUUUUCUCUUGCUUGCCGUUGACUGAAUGCUGCUUCUAAAUUCAUACUACCAUAAUUCUUACUCUUUUUCUACAAACACGACGUCAAUAAAUAGCACCCAUUUGCAUCAUUCUAGUGUAAAUGGCUCGCCAGGACACCAGGUCACCACUGCCCCAUGUGAAAUGAUCGUGUGUCAAAAUAACUAUACAGAGACAAAAAUACGGGCUGGUUUUGAGCUUCACUCCAUGGCUUAUUACAAAAGCAUUGGUGGUGCUGGCCUCUCUUCCCUAGGUUGGGAUCUCCAAAGCCUCGGAGUUCUCAGAGCGGACAUGUCUUUAGAGUCUGAUUUUUCAACCGGGUACUUAGAAGAUGCUCUGCUUGAAUUUAACGAGCCAUCCAAACGAAGACGCUUGCUGUUGUUCGCUACUGAUCAUGAUGAUCAAUCCGAAAAAUCAAAUCACCUUCCAGAGAGCAACUGGAAUGAAGAAAACUUUGACGACUGGGAAUUAAUGUCAGAGAAUUUUAGUUGCAUGAGCCACAUUACUGGUUUUCGUGGACCUUCCGAUGAGCUCGUGAGCACGUCAGUGAGCAAUACUAGUGACGAAGCAAAUGUUAUCUCUGAGAUAACAACACCAGGAGAGAAAAUAUCAGCCCCGGAAACUCUUGAUUAUUCAUCAUCAUCUUCUUACAAAGACUUGGCUGCCACAAACUCCAUUUUUGAAAAAGAAAACUCCCCUCAUUCUACUGAUGAUCAUGAGAAUAAGAGAAGGAAGACGGUGGCAACAAGGGUGGUGUAUCCAUUUGCACUAGUGAAACCAGGUGGGGUAGAAGGAGACAUGACCAUAAACGAUAUCAAUGAGAGGAUCUUGAUGCCACCGACAAGGCCGGUAAGACAUCCGGUAGGGGAUUUUGCGUGUAGGCCAUGUGUAUCUGCUGAUGGCCCAGGUCUUUCUGGCAAAGCUGUAGUAGCCCUUACAAGAAUCCACACGCAAGGGAGAGGCACCAUCACUAUUAUUAGAACGAAAGGUUAAAGAGGAGAAGUACUAGUCCUGCUGCUUAUUUCCUGUGCUUAGGUCAUGCGUUGUCUGUUUGAAUUGUAUAGAAAAUGAUAUGCUUGUAAAAUGGUUUUCUUUUACAGAGUUAUAGUCAGUAUUUUCUAUGUAUUGGCAGGAUGGCCAUGCUAGUGCUUAAAGGUUGCUGAACGCAACAACGAUACAACAUUUUUAUGGUCUGAACUCAAAUGGAAGAGUGUAAGGAAAAAAGUGAAAGGAAGAAUGGAAAAGAAAUAAGAGAGAGAAAAAGCAAAAGCCAUGUCCAUUAUCCAAAA